CGCGACGUCCUCGGCGAGCUCCUCGCGCGCACCGAGAACCAGGCCUGCGCGGACUGCGGCGCCGACGAGCCCACGUGGGCGUCGACGACGCUCGGCUGCUUCGUGUGCACGGCCUGCAGCGGCGUCCACCGGAGCCUCGGCGCGCACUUGAGUUUGGUGCUUUCUUGUCGCCUCGAC